GUAUUUGGUAACCAAACACGUGUGAUUCACUAACCGGCCUGAUACUCCUUAUUGAGACUAAAAGGUGGUGACGAACACAUCAUCAAAACAUCAGAAGUUGAAUUAAGAAUCAAGGAGAGGAGAGUAAUGGAAGGAAACAAAGGCACAGUUUGUGUAACAGGUGGUACAGGGUACAUAGCUUCAUGGUUGAUAAUGAGGCUUCUUCAGCAUGGUUACUCUGUCAACGCAACCAUUAGAGCCAAACCAGAACGCAAGAGAGACAUUAGCUUCCUCAAAAGUCUACCAGGAGCACUGGAGAAACUCCAUCUCUUCGAAGCUGAUCUUGGCGAUCCAGACAGUUUCAAUGCUGCCAUUGAAAGAUGCAUUGGAGUGUUCCAUCUUGCUGCAUCAGUUGAGCUUGAAGAUGGAGAACCAGAGGAAGUAGUGACCAGAAGAGCUGUCAAUGGAGCAUUAGGAAUCUUAAAGGCAUGCUUGAAAUCAAGCACAGUGAAGCGAGUUGUGUACACUUCUAGUCAAGCUGCUGUGGCUUUCAAUGGCAAGGAAGAAGACAUAAUGGACGAGACUUAUUGGACUGACGUAGAUUUAUUAAAGGCCAAUAUGCAAACUGGAAGCUCUUAUGCCAUUUCUAAGACAUCAACUGAGAAAGCAGCCAUUGAAUUUGCUGAAGAAAAUGGAUUGGAUCUUGUGACUGUAAUCCCUUCUUUAGUCGCCGGUCCUUUUAUCUGUCCUCAAUUCCCUGCUUCAGUGCGAAUGAUGCUGGCUUUGGUCUCGGGUGAUGAGAGUCUGUAUCAUGUUAUUUUCAAUGCAUCUCUGGUUCACGUAGACGAUGUAGUUGGGGCACACAUCUUCCUUUUUGAAAACCCUGAUGCCAAAGGAAGGUACAAUUGUUCCUCACAAAUGUCGACUAUUGUGGAGAUAGCUGAAUUCCUUUCUGCCAAAUACCCAGAGUUCCCAAUACCAACAAUAGAAUCUCUGAAGAAGUUCAAAAGCUUUAAAACGCCGGGUCUGUCGUCAAAGAAACUAUUGGAUUCUGGUUUUACGUUCAAGUACGGGCUGGAUGAAAUGUUCGAGGGAGCAAUCCAAUGCUGCAAAGAGAAGGGUUAUCUCUAGUUCAUAUAAUCGAAUAAGUUUGAAGUGUACACAUGAAACUGUCCACUUAUUGUCUGUCUGAUUCAAGGGAACUAAAUGACGUCUUGAGUGCCUAAAUUUUAGUAAUUAAUCAACUCAUAUAUGAUAUAACCAUUAAGAAAUUUGUUUAGGGUUUAGAAUCAAACCCUAAUUAGUUUUUGCAUUUCUUUCAUGUGUGGCUCCGCUUCUACCAGGAUGCUUUUAGCUUCUUCUUCUAUAAAAUCACUGCUUAAAGAGUUAAAGCAAAGAGACUGAAACAAUGUAACAAUGUAAUA